CCAGACUCGGCUGCUUCCUGCCUGACGAGUGUCUCAGUUGUUUCUGGAGCAUAGAAGUCCCCGCACAUCCCCGCAUGUCCCCCCGCCCAGCUGUCCUCUGUCCAGGGGCACCUCCCGCAGUGCCGUUGGCCCUGGAAGCACAGGGUCCGAGAAGGGUCUCGUGGAAAACGGUUACAGCGGCAGGUCGCCGGGCUUUGCUGGCAGCUCCGGAGACAGGAGGCCGGCUGGUCUGCUGCCCUCCGCCACCUGCAGACGCAGAUUGACGCCCUGAAGAGGCAGGACCGGGGGCCGCGGGGCGGGCGGCGAGACGCAGCACUGCAGGGACCGGGCGCCGGCCGGACGCCCGCAGCCUCCCUUCGGUUGAGGACCAGAUCGGACACUCAGGUGUUGAAAUCGACUCUUGGACCCCUCUCACCUCUGUCAGCUGACGAAGACAUGACGCCAAAACGCACUGGCUGGAAAAGUCAUAGAGCACCCCUCAGGGGACAGGGACUGUGCCCUGAAAGUGCGCCUUCUUCCCAGCCAGCAAGUAUAAAGAUAGAAAGAAUCCACUCAGGGGAGAUAGUGACACGUGAGGAUGGAGACAAAACUGUGUCCAUAAGUCUCCGAGUCCGAGGGGCUGCGUCCGCCCGCAGAGGGCCCCCUGCUGAAGGAAAGCCCGCCCCGCUGGGUGGUGACAAGGCUGCCACCCCACCGGGCCGGAGUUCGCCAACGCUGAGCGGCAGGACACCCCCAGGGUCGGCCGCCUGCAGUUCUCCGCUGACGGAGGACCGCCCCGCAGCCCAGGACACCGCCGCACGCCCACCGUCCUCCGAGGGGCCGGAAGGCAAGCCCCAACCCCGGGCUGGGACAGGUGGGCCCGCCGGCCCCUCCGCGGACACCGAACCGCAGAAUCUUCCUGUGGAACUGGAGUCUUCACAGCCCGUGGGCACCGGGCCAGUGGGAAAGGAGGGCAAAGAAGAAAUUCGGAGCCCAGACAGCAGGGUGGGCGAGGCCUCCAGUGCAGGCCACGAGGUCAUCACCACCCCCAAAGACCCCAAGAAGGACGCAGGGGCCAAGACCACCGUCCUGCAUUUCCUCAACGGGGACACGCAGAGGAUCCUGCCAGACCAGAGAGUGGUGCGUGCAACCCGCACCUCUGUGCCUCAAACGGCGACCACAGCCGCCCAGUUGGUCUACUACUGCGCAGGCGCCCGGACGACGCGCACCACCCACCCCAGCGGGCUGGAAGUCCUGCGGUUCCCCGACAAGCGCACAGAAAAAUUCUACCCUGAUGGCUCAAAAGAAACCUUGUUUCCGGACGGGACGGUGAAGCGUCUGCGUGACGGGCGGGAGGAGACUGUGUUUCCCGACGGGACAUCCGUGAGUGUGGAGAGGAAUGGCAGCAGGACCAUCGUGUUCAGCAACGGGCAGAGGGACAUUCACACGGCGCAGUUCAAGCGGCGGGAGUACCCCGACGGCACCGUCAAGACCGUGUACAGCAGCGGCCUCCAGGAAACCAAGUUCACCUCCGGGAGGGUGAGGGUCAGACAGGAGGCCAGCAGCAUCGUCCUGGACCAGAAGCAGGCUGUCUGUCACUCACAGUAGGACCCCCACCGGGGCCCAUGGGGCUGUCCAGUUACGGUUUUGUCAAAACAAACAAUGAGUAAUAUACCCACUGCCCCGAAUGACGGAGACCCACGUGAUUUUUGGACCGCUCCACUCGGCUGGGGGUUGUGAAGGAAGAGAGACCUGCCCUCUGGGUCUCCUGGUGCGGAGAGGGGUGAGGCCGACACCAGUCGGGGAACAGAGGGGACGAAAGAAUGGCCCCGGAACACCCAGCGAGGCUGCGGGCUCAGCACCGGGGACGACGGGGGUUUCUCGCACGUGCAGCGCUGUCCUCCUGUCACACUCGGCGGCCACCCGUCCUGCGGUCGGUACUCAGUGGGUCCCAGUCCACUCGGCCUUCUCCUGGCCUCUGGGUUUCUUACCUGCUUCUACGAUGGAUGCACACGUGUCUGUGCUUUACAAACCGAUGUCUCCUCCAUAGAAGGAAGGAAACCACAUCUUCUAUUUUUAACAGGAAUACAAUAAAAU